AUGUCAUUUUUAGAAAAACGUAAAUCCAAUAAACACCAAGAAAUUCAUGCAGGGGAAGCACCAUAUCACUGUGAUAUCUGUGGUAAAUCAUUCUAUCAAAGUGAGAAACCAUAUCACUGUGAUAUCUGUGGUAAAUCAUUCUCUGUUGGCGGUAGCUUAACGAAACACAAACGUAUUCAUACUGGAGAGAAACAAUACCACUGUGAUAUCUGUGGUAAAUCUUUCUCUGAUGGAAGUAGCUUAACGAAGCACAUACGUAUCCAUACAGGAGAGAAACCAUAUCACUGUGAUAUCUGUGGUAAAUCAUUCUCUCAUGGCAGUAACUUAACGAAACACAAAUGUAUUCAUACAGGGGAGAAACCAUAUCACUGUGAUAUCUGUGGUAAAUCAUUCUCUCUUCGCAGUAGCUUAACUAAACACAAGCGUAUUCAUACAGGUGAGAAACCAUAUACCUGUGAUAUCUGUGGAAGAUCAUUCUCUGUUGGCAGCAGCUUAGCUAAACACAAGCGUAUUCAUACAGGGGAGAAACCAUAUCAUUGUGAUAUCUGUGGUGAAUCAUUCUCUGUUGGCGGUCGCUUAACUCGACACAAGCGUAUUCAUACAGGGGAGAAACGAUAUCGCUGUGAUAUCUGUGGUGAAUCAUUCUCUGUUCGCAGUAGCUUAACCAAACACACGCGUAUUCAUACAGGGGAGAAACCAUACCACUGUGAUAUCUGUGGUAAAUCAUUCUCUAAUGGCAGUAACUUAACGAAACACAAACGUAUUCAUACCGAAGAGAAACCUUAUCGCUGUGAUAUCUGUGGUAAAUCAUUCUCAGAAAGCAGCAGCUUAACUCAUCACAAGCGUAUUCAUACAGGCGAGAAACCAUAUACCUGUGAUAUCUGUGGUAAAUCAUUCUCAGAAAGCAGUAGCUUAACUAAACAUAAACGUAUUCAUACAGGUGAGAAACCAUAUCACUGUGAU